AUGUCUGAGUUAUCAUAAUUUAUAUGUUUGAUGCGUAAUGAUUAAUUUUAUUAAAUCAAAUAAUUUCAGAUAAUCAUAGAAGAGAUGGGAAAUUGUUGUAAUGGUGGAGGAUAAGUUACGGAUAAAAUUGUAUAGUUAGAUUUAGGUUUAAAUGUAUAAGAAAAGCAACAGAAUUAAGAAAACCUAAAUUAAAAAGCAACAUUAAUAUAAGGUAUUUGUAAAAUGCCAAAAAAGCUCAUUAUAGAGGUCAUAAGGAUAGAAAGAAGAUGAAAGAAAUAUAGGAAGAAAAGAAAGAUGGAAAUAAAGAAUCCUAACAUGGAUCAAGUAAAGCAUAGAACUAGAAUAAUAAUAAAAAUGUUUAGAGUAAAAAGACUACACAAGAACCUAAAGAAGAAAGUUAUAAAAAUUAGGGUGAUUAGAGUAGAGUACAUGCACCAACUGAGAAAUAUAAGAAAUUAGAUAGAAUGCCAGAUUUUUUAACUCCAAAAACAAAAUAAGUAUUAGAGAGUAUUUAAGUUAGGUUUUGGAUAAAAUUGAACCCUUUGUAUAUGAUUAAGAUAAGGAUGAAUUUAAAGAAUUGCCAUUUUUAGAACCAUAUGAAUUGGAUGGAGGAAGUGUUUAUAAAGGAUAAUGGAAGAAUGGGUAAUUUGUUAAUUUUAAUAAUAAUAAAUAGAUUUCGACAUGGAAGAGGAACUUAAAUAUGGCAAGAUGGAUCAAUAUAUGAAGGUUAUUGGUAUUAGAAUGUAGCUUGUGGGAAGGGAAGGUUAAUUCAUGCUGAUGGAGAUAAAUAUGAAGGAGAGUGGAAGAAUGAUAAAGCACAUGGAUAUGUAAGAAUAUAGAAUAAUAAUAUAAUAGGGUAAAUAUGUUCAUAUGGAUGGAGCAUAAUAUGUUGGAUAUUGGGAAGAUGAUAAAUAGAAUGGAAAUGGUAGAGAAAUAUGGCCAGAUGGUGCUAGUUAUGAAGGUUAAUAUAAAAAUGGUAAAAAACAGGGUAAAGGUACUUUUAAAUGGGCAGAUGGAUCAAUUUAUAUUGGGGAAUUUGAUUAAAAUAAUAUUUAGGGUUAAGGAGAAUAUUAAUGGGAAGAUGGAAGAAAAUAUGUUGGAGAAUGGAAGAAUAAUAAAAUGGAUGGAAAAGGAGUAAUCAUUUAUAUAUAUUUUAUAUAAGGUUUUUACUUGGCUUGAUGGUAGAAAAUAUGAGGGAGAAUAUAAAGAUGAUAAAAAACAUGGUUAUGGAGAGUUUAAAUGGCCUGAUGGAAGAGUAAUAUUUAAUUUAUUAAUUUAUUUAGAUGUAUAAAGGUUAAUGGGCUAAUGGAAAAUAACAUGGUAUUGGAAUUUAUAUUGGUUCUUCUAAAGUUGAAAAGGAAGGAGAAUGGUAAGAUGGAAAAAGAAUUCGUUGGACUAAAAAAGGGGGAUUACCAACUAAAGAAGAAGGAAAUUGA